GGACGGACCAGUUCGUCCCUCUUAUAUUAUCUUCCGUCUCCUCCAAGCUGACAGAUGUUAUGAAAUGUGAAUAAGGCCACAGGUCAGGAGGACAGCCCGUCUUUAGAGAGCUGAGGACUUUAUCUUAAAGAAUGUUUUAAACAGAAACUUCGACCUUCAUCAUGAACCCGCAGAUCCUCUGUUCCGGCUCCGGCUCCGCGGCGAGGAGAGUCCGGAACAUUCUGGGAGCAGUUCUGGGGAGAGAGGGCUGGAUGAAGAGAACACAUGAGGUCAAACUCCUCAAUACAUCUUCAGGCGACACAGUGAAGAUCGGGGAGAUCUCCUACAAACUCAAAACACCGAAGAAUCCAGAGCUUGUUCCCGUCCAACACCUGUCAGGCUCGUUGCCGCAGACUGUCGCUCAGCACCUGAGAUGGAUCAUGCAGAAAGACCUUUUGGGGCAGGAUGUGUUCCUCAUCGGUCCCCCAGGCCCCCUGAGAAGAUCCAUAGCCAUGCAGUACCUUGAGCUGACCAAACGGGAGGUGGAGUACGUGGCUCUGUCGAGGGACACCACAGAGACCGACCUGAAACAGAGGAGAGAGAUCCGCUCAGGGACGGCCUUCUACAUCGACCAGUGUGCUGUAAGGGCAGCAACAGAAGGUCGAGUCCUGGUCCUGGAGGGUCUGGAGAAGGCAGAGAGAAACGUCCUGCCGGUCCUCAACAACCUGCUGGAGAACAGGGAGAUGCAGCUGGAGGACGGACGCUUCCUGAUGGCAGCUGAGAGAUACGACAAGCUGCUGCAGGAUCACACCAAAGAGGAGAUGGACAGCUGGAAGAUCGUUCGUGUGAGCGAGGACUUUCGGGUCAUUGCGCUCGGUCUUCCUGUCCCCAAAUACAAGGGCAACCCGCUGGACCCCCCUCUCCGCUCCCGCUUCCAAGCCAGAGACAUCUACUACCUACCGUUCAAGGACCAGUUGGAGCUGUUGUACACAGCAGGACCAAACAUCGCUGCAGAGAGGGUGUCCCAGCUGCUCUCUUUGGCUACAACUUUAUGCUCCCAGGAAUCCUCCAGCCUUGGCCUGCCUGACUUCCCCGUAGACAACCUGAUCCCUGCCCUCCACGUGCUGAACUCCUUCCCCAUGCUGUCCUCCCAGCAGCUCAUCCAGAGACUCUACCCGUACAACAGCAUCCUAGGAAAGGAGGGACGCACCGCUGUGGAGGGGGUACUCAGUAGGUUUGAGCUCUCGGACGGUCAACGUCUGCCGGCAUCCAGCGCCAUUUUGAACGUAUCCAAGCCAGCAGAUCUUGAGGGUCAUGCAGAUGUCAAAUUACGAAUCGCUGAACAGGAGAUCACCUUUCAGGUCGCUGCAGGCCGGAAGGAGCUGCGCCCGCCCAACAGCAACCCCACCUUCAUCAGCACGCCGAGUCACUCCCAGCUGCUGACUGAGAUGAUGCAGUCACACAUGGCGAAAGACAUCUGUCUGAUCGGAGCUAAGGGCUGUGGAAAGUCGAUGAUCGCCAAAGAGUUUGCAGAGAUGUUGGGUUACAGCAUCGAGCCAGUCAUGCUCUACCAGGCCCUCUAUGAGGUCUACCCCCUAUGA